ACGAUUGUGACGUGUUUACCGUGGAAUAGAUUAAAUGAUAAUGAUUUGGUUUUGGCCCAAAAAUUCAAUUGCCGGAACGUCUAUCGUGAGUCGUGAAAGGUUAUUGUAUUCUAAGGUCAAGGUUUUUCUUCUUAUGACCUCAUGAUUGACUAAUUUUCGUACGUGGUAAAAGUAGUAUGGAAAGUAUUAGCGGCGAUAAAAUACAGAAGACACUCGUGACACCGGGUAUUGGUGGUCAGCCUACUUUCUCCAACGGAACAAAAGUAUCGUUUCAUUUUGUGACGCGAGUUGUUAGCUCUAAUACUGUGAUAGACGAUAGUUACAAAUGGCCAAAGCACAUGGAAAUCGUAUUGGGAAAAAAAUUCAAAUUAGAAGUCUGGGAAAUUAUUUUAAAGUCAAUGCGUGAAGGAGAAAUUUCGAAAUUUAUUGUUCACAAAAGUUUGGUAGCGUCUUAUCCGUUCAUUUCCAAGACAUUGCGAGACGCUGGUCGCACGUCUGUCCCGAGUACGAGUCACUGUUGCACGGCUCAACUUCAAAAAAACGGCACCGGUUACGAUGACCUCAACGAUUUACUGGCGGAACCGGCGGAUUUGGAGUUCACUAUAGAUUUGUUGAAGAUCGAGGAUCCUGGUUCAUUCGAAAAGGAGACUUGGCUUCUGGACGAAAAUGAAAAACGAAGUACGAUUCCUGAACUCAAAGAGGCCGGUAACGAGUUUUACCACAAAGGUAAAUACAAAGAAGCCGAAGAAAAAUACAUGUUGGCUCUCGGAUUCUUGGAACAAAUCAUGAUGAAACUCAAACCGCAUGAAAAGGAUUGGGAUGAAUUGAACAAAAUAAAAACUCCACUGUUACUUAAUUUGGCACAAUGCAAGCUUAUUUCCAAGGAUUAUUACCAGGUCAUCGAACACUGUACAUCAAUUUUGGAGGACGAUCCUGAUAACGUCAAAGCAUUAUUCAGGCGUGGGAAAGCAAAUAUAUCAGUGUGGAAAAUGGACGAAGCCAGAGAAGACUUGAAACAUCUUUCGACUCUCGAUCCUAGUAUGCAAGCUUCAGUCAACCGAUUGCUUUGUCAAAUUAACGAAGCAUUGAAGAUAAAAGACGACGAAGAUAGACAAAAAUUAAGGGGAAAACUAUUCUGAAAACGGGGGGUUUUUUUUUUUAAUUAAAAUAUGACAUUAAUGUUUUAAUAGUAUAUAUUAUAAUUUCGGGUUGCUUUUUACUGGACACGUGACACAUUUAUUAUUCGUGUUUUAGGUAUUCAUAAACAAAAUAUAAACAAUCUUUGCAUUGUUUAAAACAAUGUCAGUUUAAUAUUUGUUGUCUAAGGAGACAACUUUGUUGUCUUAGUUGUAGGAAAAAUUAUAUUUUAAUUUUAAUAUUUAUUAGCUAAAAUAUUAAAAUAUAGGAUCCACGCAUAAUCUUAAAUUUACGAAGAAAGUGAAUCUAACACGGUGCCGUAAGAAAGUUUUUUCAAUAUUUUAUUUUUCAAGCAUAGUUAUAAUCAAAUUAAGUUAAUAAUAGUUGAUCCUUAAAAUGUCCUUAAUAUUUCAACUGUAACAGAAGACCUAGCUCUAUGUAUAGCAACUGAAUUUACACCUUUUGACAAAAAAAGGUUUAAUAGUUCUUGUGCUUACMUCCUUUGAGAAGUUAGACUAUAAAAUAGAAAAUGUGAAGAACUUUUUUGCUGCAAUUUCUAUGACACAUUUCAUAAAAUCCAUAUAAAUUAUCUCAAAGAAGUUUCUCUUGUAUAAUUCUAUACUUAUAUUAUAAUAUCCAUGUAGGAUAUAUAAUCUUUAAAUUUAGUUAAG